CAGUCGUUUUCAAUAUGUCGGACAAUCCCGAAAAUACAGAUCCAAAAGCGCAGGAAAGAGAGGAUGGUACAAAGUCCCGCACGCUAAAAGAUGCGACACAUAAACUUAAAGCAGAAGCUUUAAGACGUUAUCAGCUUGGAGAUGCAAAGUAUGACAGCGAAGGCGCUAAAACUGAUGAUGGGCGCCAAGGUUCGUCUUCUGAUAAGAAUGUUGGAGACACCGAAAAGGACGGUGAAAAAAUUGAUUCAGAAAACCCAGAUUCUCCGAGCAAGGGAAAAGAUGAUGAUUUGAAUGGCGACAACGCCAACGACGAAGAAAGUCGAGAAGAUGAAAGUUUUGGUGGGGAUUCCUCGAAACCAAACGAAGGCAACGCUUUAGAGGAUUCUGUUCAUAGCAACAACAUGAAAUCUGAUAAAGAAAACGUUCAGAGAUCUGAAAUAUCCGAGAACGGAGGCGGUGAAACUAGUACUGAUGUCAAAGAUAAAGAUAUAAACAAUGGAAAUGAUUCAGUUCGGGAGGGAGAAAUAGCAAAUGAAAUCUCUAAACCUCAAAGUGAAGACACUUCGCGGGUUUCAAAUUCUCAGGACAAACCAGUACAUGUUCGUGGUUCGAGGCCUGGCUCGGCGAGUUCACGACCAGGCUCGGGCAAAGAAAGGCCAACAUCAGAGUCUGAAGGGUUUAAGAAAGGGGAGGAAGGCUAUCAGAAACCUAGCCGCAGACCUGGAUCAAGAGAUGGUGACAGGUCCAGACCAGGAUCAGGUGCUGACAAGAGGGCCAAGGAGGAAGAACAAAACCAACAAUUAGCCAGUGGUAGGGGUGGGUCUGGUAUUGGGAGGAGGUCUCGACCACAGUCAGGAGAUAAAGGAGGAGCUGCAGACCAGGAAAGUGGUGAUGUCACCCAAGAUGGGUCUACCAUAGAAAGUCCUGGGGAUGCUAUUGCUCAGAAAGAUGGGGCUCUUAUUGGUGAUGAAAUUGUUCAAACUGCAGAUGGUCUUUCUCAAUCCAAAACAAAUGGGGGUGAAAUAAAAGAAGGUGGUACGGCAGCCAGAGAUGAUGCUUCCCUGGUAAAAAUUAAUGAAGGUGUAUCUCAAACAGAAGGCAAGGAUUUGAAUGAACAGGGGCAAGGUCACCAUAGUGAUAAAUCAGUCUCAGAAAAUGUAAUAGCUGAUAACAACACAGAAACAGUAAGUGUAGAAAACAGCUCUAAAUCAAAGCAGACAGGUGAUCAUGACAAAAUAAGUGAUGAUGUGUCACCACCCACAAGCGAGGAAGCAAAAUCUAAAGAUGUUGGUGAGGAUUCUAAACAAAAUCAUGACUCUCUUUCUAACAAUAAACAGGAUCCUGCAGUGGCAGAAGGAAAUAAAGAAGAAAAUGAAGGGGAAAAUUCUAAAGAAAGCAAAGGGGAUAAGGAGAAAGCAGAAAGUUCUGAUGGGGGAGGACAAGUUAAUGCUGAGUCAGAUGGAAAGGAAGAUUCAUCAGGAGCCAUGCAAACUGAUGAUAGUUCAAAGGACAGCAAGGAGCAAAUUGUCAGAACCAACAAAGGUGAAUUAUCAACUGAACCUGGUGAAGGUAAGAAAGAACAGGAGGAUGAUGCAGGAAAAUCAGAAUUGGAAGAAGGAGAAAGCAGAAAAGCAGUUAAAAGAGCUGAUCAGGAAGGUGGAGAUGAAGGUCACACAGGGGAAUCUUCUGAUGCAAAAGUUAAAGAGGAGGGUAAAGAAGGUGAUACAACUACAGGAGAAGCUGAUGAAACGAAAAAGGAUGAGAGUGAAAAAAAGAAGAAGAAGAAAAAAGCAAAGAAAGAAGGAGAGGAAAAGCAGGAGAGUUUAGAAGAAGAUGGCGAAGAGAAAGCAGAUGGAACUGGAAAAGGAGAUGGAGAGGCACAACCUGGUGAACCAAAACAGACUGUACCAGGAGAUACAGAAGAAGAGGCUGAAAGAAUUCUACCAGAUGACUUCUAUUAUGAUUUUGAUGAAUUAGUCUCAAAGGCAUUUUCAACAGAGGGAAUCCCAUCAGCAUUGUUAUCAUUUUACCAUUCAUUUGGGUUUGAAUGUACCAAGAGAUCAAACCUCCAUGUCCUGGAUGAAAAUUGUGUUUUGUUCUCUGCUGGAAACUCGGUAGAGAUUCUCAAUCUAAAGACACAGGAGCAGACUCACAUUAGAACAACGGGAGGAGGUGGAAUUGGGGCUGUUGCAGUCCAUCCCAGCAGAAAAUAUUUUGCAGUAGCAGAAAAAGGAGUGAAGCCUAACAUCAAUAUCUUUGAGUAUCCUUCUCUGAAGCUCCACCGAAUCCUUCGUGAUGGGACUGAAGAAGCUUAUGCCCACUUGGACUUCUCCCCUAAAGGGGACAAACUUGCUUCUGUUGGCAGUGCACCAGACUAUAUGUUGACUGUAUGGGACUGGAGAAAUGAACAGGUUAUUCUUAGAUCCAAGGCUUUCUCACAGGAUAUUUACAAAGUAGCAUUUUCACCUGAAGACGAGGGACACUUGUGUACUAGUGGCUCAGGACAUAUUAGAUUUUGGACCAUGGCAAGCACAUUCACUGGACUGAAGCUACAGGGACAAAUUGGAAAGUUUGGUGCCAAAGAAAUCUCUGAUAUAGAAGGUUUUGUUGAGCUUCCUGAUGGUAAAGUACUUUCUGGAUCAGAAUGGGGCAACAUGUUACUCUGGGAUGGUGGUCUAAUUAAAGUGGAAAUUUCCAAGAAAGGCAGGAAACCUUGUCAUGUUGGUAUGAUUGAACAGUUCUUUAUGGAUGAAGGUGAACUCAUGACCAUUGGUGCUGAUGGUUUUGUGAAAGUCUGGGAUUUUGAGAGCAUUGACAAUGCUGACACCACAGAGGAGGGGCAGCUGUUUGAAAUGGACCCAAUGUAUGAGCUGAAGGUUGGCACUGAUGUCAAACUCAUGUCAAUGGUCAAAGCUGUGAAUACUGAAGCACCAAUCUGGUAUGCUCAGGAUGCCACAGGUGGUAUAUGGAAACUUGAUCUGUCAUUUACUCACACUAGCCAUGCACCAGAGAGGAUGUACUUUUACCAUGCAGGACCAAUCACUGGCCUUGAAACUUCUCCUGUUGCUCAUUUUGUGGCUACAAUUGGAGUGGAUCAUACUGUGCGAGUUUAUGACUACCUCUCCAAGGCACCAAUGUGCCAGGCUAAAUACAAUUCAGGAGGUUCCAGUCUUUUGUGGGUUCCUAAAGUGGUUGAUACCAAAGGUACCAAACUACUUGCUGGUUUUGCGGAUGGUGUGGUUCGGUUGUUAGCACUGAAUAAGGUGGAUCCUUCCCAACUGAGAACUAAAAAGUCCAAGCAGAAAUAUGAGCUCAAUUUGGAGCAAGUUUUUAAACCACACACCAAGGCAGUCACUGUAUUAACUAUCGAUGAGCAAGGAGAAAUUCUGGCCACUGGGAGCGAGGACUGCACAGUUUUCUUCUUCACUGUUGCUGAAACUUACAAACCGAUAGGAUUCAUUGAGACUGCUUCUCCAGUUGUGUCUAUGGAAUGGUCAAACGAACCUAAGGCUCCAAAGAGCGUACUCAUCAGCUGUAAGGAUGGUACAGUUCUUCACGUCGAGGCUCCUGAUCCUGGCAAAUAUGACACGAGUAAGACGUUCCACCUCCCCCUGACUAAUCUGAAGACCAAGGAGUACCACUUCAAGAGUGUCAAGGAUAAACUUAGGAAAGCUGAAGAAGAAGCGCAAAAGGCGAAAGAGGAAGAAGAGAAUAGGAAAAAGAAAGAAGCAGAACGAGCGCGGCGGCGUGCACGAGGAUUGGAAGAGGAAGAAGAACAGGAAGAAGAAAAAAAAGAAGACGGACAAGACGGAGAAGAACAAAAGGAAGAAGAGGAGAACGAAGAGGAGCAACAUAAAGAACCAGGAGAAAUUAUUAAAGGAUUUUACCACGGCAAAACGGAGAAAUUCUGGAUUUCAAUGGGCGGUUGGGAUGCAGGGUAUAUGUACCAGUGUGAAUUUGAUGAUGGUAAAAAACCGCUUCCUGCAGAAGGGCAGGAGGACACCCGAGAUGAACCCGUGAAAUCCAUACCCGUGGACAACAGCAAUGAUACGCCCAUUAGAUCUGUGUGGUUCAGUCACUCAGGUAAAUUCCUCCUUUUUGGCAUGGACGAUGGAGUUCUUCGUAUUCAUCCUCUAGACGGAUCGAACGACUUUGAAAACUUCAGCAAUUUUUGGGCGCUUAAUGUGCACGACAACCAUCAUGGAGGAAUCCGACACAUAAAGACCAGCUUUGAUGAUAAAUAUGUCUUCACUGCUGGAAUGGAUGGUAACUUCUUUGUGUUUCGCUUCAUGGAUAAAGCUGUGAAAGGCCUGAAAGUGUCUCAUAAGGUGUCCAUACCCUCGGCAAAGAAGCUUAUUGGAGAAGAAGGUGAAGAGAUAGUGAAGAAGAUAGACGAUAUUGAUGACCCAAACCAUUACAGUAUUGAACUCGAGAAGCAGAAGGCGGAACAUGACAGAUUGGUUAAAUUGGCCGAGGAGAAAAAGCAGAACAUCCGUCGAAAGAUUGGAAAUUUAAGAAGAGCCUUUAAGGAGUUAAUGACGAGAAAUCAGAAACUUCCUCCACAUGUGCAGAUUACAACCGAUGAAUUCGAAAUUGAUCCCGAUCUCGUCACGGAACAGAAAGCUGAGGUGGAUAACAAAAUUGAACUUGUUCGUAAAGAGAUGGCUUGGGAAGCAGAAAAGAAGUCUAUUGGAUUGAAAAAACUACAAAACAGAUUUAAGGACGAGGUUGAAUGUGAUCGGAUCGUACUCCGCGCGUUCCUUACUCCUCAUCUUGUGACAGCCUUCAGAGCAGCUAAACCAGACUACCUUCACCAGCUGUUACAAGAGGCCGGAGGGACCAGAGGUGGGGAGGGAACUGACGGGGGAGUGUCAGGGAGAAAGAGCUUCUCAAGUGCAGCGCAGAAAGCAGCUCAGAUGAAGAGACGUAGCACACAAGAUAAGAUAACUGCAAACCAACAACAACAACAACAGCAGCAACAAGCUCCAGCGUCACAAGGCCAGCUGGGAAGCAAAGUCGCUAAUGCGCUAGCUAAAGCAGAAGCCCGCAGGCAAAAGAGACUUGCCAGACAAGGCGAGUGGGACGAGUUGUAUCGUAGCAAACCUGACGAAGGUUAUGAAGAUCCCAAAGAUGUGGCUGCCAUUAAAGAAGCGCGAGAAAACAUGGGCGAUUAUAAGCUGAAGACUGCUAAAGAUUAUGUGGUACCCGAAAGUCAAAGGGUGAAUGCGGAAAAGAAGAGAAUUCAACUCCUGAACCUCCUUGACCAGAUUCAUCAUUAUAAGUUUGAAUUCAACCAUUCAUUCUUAGCUCUCCGAGAUAAGAAAAUCAAGAUAAUCAGAGAGUUGAAGGAAGUGGUCGCACAACUUGAGGAAGUACAGCGCAAGAUCGACCCGUAUUCCCGACGGACCAUCCCGAAAAUACCCGAAAUGAUGCCCGAUGAAUGUCCCGAAAAGCGCCUUGAAUACACACGUGAGCAGUUACUUGAAUUCAAGAAACGAAUGGUUGAAAAGGUUAAUCAGGGAGAGCAGGGAGGGGGAUUUGGAGGUUUUGGUGGAUUUGGUGGCGGGGGAACUGAGACCUCAAAAUUGGCUCCAACAAGCAAGCCAGGGACACAGCAAAGGGACCGCUCUACCUCUUCUGUCUCUGUACAUUCCCUUGGAAGGCCCAAGUCUAGUUUGAGUACUUUGACGGACAAAGAAACCCCCGAGCCCGCGUUAGAGGACAUCAGCGAGGACCCGUCCGUGCUGGAGCAGGAGAUGCAAUAUGAAGAGCAAAUCAGGUUACAAUACGAACAAGAUGUAUUGAUCGACAAUAUCACCAGCACAUUGGAAAAAUUUGAUGCCGAUCUGCGAUACCUAAGACACGACAAAAUGCAUCUAGAAGUUGCUGUGAAGUGCGCUGACUUAAGGCAAGUUACUCUGUUUGAAGAAUUCAUGCUGCUAAAAGAGUUCGAGAAAAGAGAGAACAGCUUUGCUAACAAAGUAAACACUAAACUUUCUGAGAAGGAGGAGAUGCAGGAGAAGGUGGAAGACUGUCAGUUGAAAUUAGACUCUAAGAAACAAGACAUCGAAAAGCUACAAGAGCAGGAAAAAGCGCUGUACACCACAUUCACGGCAGCUCUUGGUGAGAACAACAAGUUCGAGUCGUUUUUGACACGCGUUUUUAAGAAAAAAAUCAAACGUGCCAAGAAGAAAACUCAAGCUGAGGAGGGUUCGGACGAAGAAAGCGAGGAUGAGGACAGCGACGAGGAUUUGUCAUCCAGUGAUGAAGAGGAUUCUGACGCAGAGGAACUGGACGACAGCGUGUGUCCACCAGGGUGUGACCAAGCUUUGUUCGAUCAGGUUUGUCAGCUACGCGAACGCCGCUUAGACCUGGAAGAAGAAUUGGCAGAAGAGAAGAAAACAAGCGAGUCCUUGAAGAAGGAAUCUGACGCACUUGUAAAGAAAGCAAAGAUCAUCGAUGGUGCCUUAAAAACGGCAGAAGCUGAUUUGGAAGCUUUCCAGCGUGAGAAGCAGCAAAAACUUAACGAACUGGACGUGGUUGUGGUGCUCAGAUUUCAUCAGAUCCAGUACAUGAUAAACAGUGUGCUGCCUCAGGAUCUGUCGCAGUGUCUUGUUUUUAACAGCCCUGGACUGGUACGACUACAGCACAGGAUCAAAGAGCUGGAAAAAGAGAAGGCUGAGCAGAAGAGACUUUAUAGGGAGCAUCGCCAGACUCAUGUGCAGCUCAUCCGCGACAAGAAAGUCCAGGAAAACAGGAUCGGUGAAUUGGAAGAGAAAGUUCGUAACAUGUUGAUGUUGAAAUUUGGCCGAUUGGUGGAUCUGGAAAAGCUUGAGACUGUUACAGUAAACAGAACUGUCGAGGAACUAAAGGAGAAACUCAGACAACAAGAGUCUAAGAGCGCCGCGGAGAUCGCCAAGUGGAACAGCAAGAUUGACUCCUACAAGGGCAAGGUGACGCAACUUACUCGGGAGAACACGCAGAGAUUGGACACUUUCACUGUUUUAUUGCAAGAAAAGAAAGAGCUUGAACAGAUGCUGAACUCACGACAAAAGUCACUUGGUACGGAGUUUACCGGAAGUCGUAAGGCUGACAUCCGGGAACGGCAGCGUUUGGUCCAGCUGGUGCAAUUGCAGGCUCAAGAAAUCGACGCUCUCAAGGAUGAAAUAACUUUGCUGUCACGUAAAGGCGGGCAUAUUCUUCCACCGGCACAACCGCCCCUCCCUCCUGGACAAACGCCCAUACCCAAUCAAUAACUUGUUAUCGAUUUUUUCUCGAAAAGCCGAGUUUUGAGUGUAAGAACUUAGUAGUUCUCAGGGUUUUUUUCAUUGUUCGCGUAGUUUUUUUUUAUACAUGCACUGUAAAUAAUGGAAUGGAGUUUGAAUAUUGGUCAGGAUUUCAAAGAUGGAGUAUGAAUAUUGAUCAGGAUUUCAAAGAUUACGUUCAAGCUUCGAAUAAAAAUACUUCGCUUUGAAAUCGGA